GUUUCAACUUCAAGAUGGAUACAUGAUCUCAAGUCUAGAGAAAUUGCAUCUUUUUAAUGUGAUUAGGUUGCGAGAUAUAUGGAAGGGUCCCAUCCAGGUUGCAACCAAUCUCAGAGAACUAAGGGUUUGCCGCUGUAAUAAUUUGACAUACAUCUUUCCAGUUACACUCAUUCCACAUUUACCACAAUUAAGCAUUCUAAGGAUAAAGUCAUGUGUGAACUUGAAGAAGAUAAUUGGAAAUGAUGACAUUUUAGCAUCUUCAUCAUCACAAGGUCCUCAGUUGGAGAUGAAAAUGGUAUUCCCUCAGUUAAAGAAAAUAAAACUUAAAAAUUUGUCAAAGCUCGAGAGCUUCAGCCCUGUGGGUUAUCAUCUAGAAUUCCCAUGUUUGCAGUCGCUUGACAUUAAGCAAUGUUCCAAGAUGAUCACAAGUUUCAGUGCAGAUUAUUUAAUGUUGAGUGUGCAUGCUAAAACUGAUCAGGCAUCUCAGCUAAAUGAUACCAAUCCCUCACGAGAAGAUAUAUCCUGGGAAAGGAAUAGACCUACCUUACUACCUCAGUAUAAGUUGAAGUUGAAGAAAUUUCACCCUGUAAGUGAAAAAUGUUGCAGAAAUCAUUCUUCAGCCUAAAUCACGUAGAUUGUACGACUAGUCAACAUUAGUUAAUUAACUAGGUAAAUAUGGCAUGACCUUUUACCUUUCUUCUCGCCUUGGUUUUUUUUUUCUUUUUAUUUGUCUUUUUAGUUCUAAUUAUUACUUAUUUUUUUUAUUAUGUUUUAAGGAAUAAUCUACUCAUUGCUUUAUUUUUUGUGCAGAGUUUGAUACAUUUGCUACUUUGAAAAGCAUUUUAAAACAUAAUGUUGGACAAUAUUUACCAAUUGGUUGAUUUUUGUUGCCAUGAAUAAAUUAAUUUGUUGAUUUUGUUCGACAGAAAUAAA